UCGUGACAUUUAAGGUGUUUAAAACAUUUAUUUGGAAAUGACUUUCUUGCUUUUCAGAUGUGAAAGUAGGAAAUGGGUUCAUUUCGUCUGUUACAACUGAUUCUCUUCAUUUACACGUUAAUACUAGAAAUAGAAGUAGCGCAGACCCAACAACAAGCGAUCGGAUGUCCACUUUUUUUUCUUAAAACGUCAUGCUAUGGAAGGUUUGUAGAUGGACAGUUGAGUAAUUUCGGCACAUUCAUUAAGAUAGGAAGUAUAAUCGAAUUAUGGAAUGCGUCAAAUUAUGAUAGUUAUGUUAUCCUGCGAUGCCAGGAAGAUGGAACAUAUAAUGGAACUACGCCUUGCCAUUUAAUAAGUCAAAAUAAUAGCUGUGAUGCCUAUAUCUACCAAUCAAUAAAUUAUUUAACGAUGCAUCCAAGUCAGUCAACAUUUCUGGUUGGACGUGUUCUCAGUUUUUCAUGUGAACCAGGCUUUACAUUAGAAGGUCCUGAAAGCGUAUAUUGUAGAUCAUAUUACAAAUGGAGUGAUAAGGCAAUACCAAGAUGUAGAGGUUGUCCAUAUCCAGGACAUCUCGUUAAUGGUUAUUAUACUGAUAGUAAAGGGUUACCAUUCAACGACGGAGAUAAAGCAGUGAACGAAAUAUUAACAGCACAUUGCGAUCAAGGCUUUAUGCUACUAGGGAAUCAUUUCAUAGCUUGUAAAUUACUUGUUUACUGGCCGAUUACUGCUCCAAAAUGUGUUGAUGCAUCAUGCCAACCUCCAAACAUCAAGUCCAAUGGCAAAUACGUCUUUCCAAAUGGUUCUGACACUUCAUCUUAUAAAUUUCGAAUUGGACAGAAGCUUUUGCUUAUGUGUAAGAAAGGAUAUUAUUCUUCUUCGGACAAAAAUUACAUUACAUGUAACGUUAGGGGAAUAAGGUCCAUUGGAAUAGAUUUUGGAUGUAAACUUAUAAAAUGUGAGAAACCAAAGCAUAUCGAAAACGGUAGUUAUCUAGUUGUAAGUAAUUCCGGUAACCAUUCGUACGCAGGAAACCCAGUGCCUUAUGGUACAUCGAUCUACGUUUCGUGUCAGGAAGGCUUUUUUAAAGCCGGAAAUACCAUGUUAGAGUGUACUGAAACGGGGACAUGGUCAGGCGAAAAACCUAAUUGUACCCAGAUCAUAUGCAAAAUUCCCCAUUCAAUUGCCAAUGGUGGAUAUCAAUUAAAUCAAUCUAGAAUUUCUGCACUUACAACCUUUACAUAUAAAGAAAAGGUAUUUGUGCAUUGCAAUAAAGGUUAUGAACUUAGAACAGACCCAUAUAGAACAUGCAUAAUGGCAAAUGUUUGGAGUGGGGAAACUCCCAUUUGCGAGAAAAUAGUUUGUCCAAAACCUAUAUCGGCAUUAAAUUUGACUUAUUUGGAUGAAAAAGGUAUUGUGCGUACGCAAAGUAGGAUUGUAUACAAUGCAAAAAUAUUUUUUCAAUGUCAAAUUGGAUAUAAUUUAACAGUUGGGACAGCAACUAGAAUGUGUACUGCAACCGGAAACUUGACUGGAAUAAAUUCUUUAUGCGUGCCUGUAGCAUGUACAAAGCCAGAGGUCACAUCCUGUGGACACUUCAUGCAAUCAAACACAACACAAAUCUUAUGGGAAAGAGAAUUUUCAUAUAACUCUACACUGCUUUUUGUGUGUAAUUUAUUAAAGUAUUCUUGCCAAAACAAAACAAGAGAGAACAUGUGUUCAGAGGGCGGACCUUGGAUUGAAAAUAUACCUAUUUGUGGUAAAUAUAAACAUGAUUAUUCCUUCUUUGCUCUAGAUAUUCUGAUGAAAUGUUUUACAUGA